CAACCACAACAACUACUACACGAUGGCGAUCGAAGAAUUGCGGUGCAAGGGUGUGGAGUGUGGACAAGAAGCAACGGCCAAAGAAAAAAGAGAGAACACAAAGUGGACUCGUAUGGAUCAUGGAUUUUGGAUGGUGCGGCGAGCCAGAAUAUAGAUGAUGCACACUAUUCUGAACCAGAUCCUUGUUUUUCAUUCAUCCUCCUUGCUACCUACUCUGACCAAAAUCCUACUAUACCAAAAUCAAGAACCCCACAGCAACCAAAGCAAAGGCUGCACAUACUCACAGAGGAGACAUGCAAUUAGCGAUAGCAAUCUAUUAAGGAAAGCCCCAUCUUUUCGGAGCCUGCUUUUAUGAUCUUCUAGAGCUCUGUUCUUCGUUUCCAUGGAGCCGGCGACGUUCCGGUACAUGCCGGACGACGAUCAUGGCGGCCGCGGCGGCGAAGACGACGAAGAGACCGGCGGUGGGUGUUUCCUGGACAUAUACGCGCACGAGGCGCGGGACGUGCACAACAUCUGCAUCUACGGGGAGCAGGACGUGUACGCGCGCUUCUCCCUCACCUCCGGCGGCGGCGGCGCCGACCGCUCCACGCGCGCCGCGGUCGCCGCGGGGGCCAGCCCGCGCUUCGAGGAGCGGCUCCGCCCGCUCCGGCUCCGGCGCUCGGGCGGGGAGUCGCUCAAGUGCGAGCUCUGGAUGCGCAGCUGCGACGCGCGGCUCCUCGAGGACCAGCUCCUCGGCUUCGCGCUCGUGCCGCUCGCAGCCGUGGCCGCCGCGCCAGGGGCCCGGCUCGACGCGCGGGACUUCGCGCUCUCCUCCACGGAACUCUUCCACUCGCCCGCCGGCUCCGUCCGGCUCUCCCUCGCUCUCCGCUCCGGCUCCGGCGCCGGAGCCGGAGCCGGAGCCGACGCCGAGGCCGCGGCGGGGCUCGAGCUGUCGUCGUCGUCCCCGGCGCCGGUGGACGAGGAUGACUACUCGAGGGUCGAGUUCCCGGACCUGAACGUGGCGAGAGAGAACCUCGACAUGGCCGCGCAGUACCUUCCCUUCUUCCACCUCGGGGCGGCCGCCAUGGACGAGGACCUUGAGAAGCCGGCGGCCGCGUGCUCCAUGGACGGGAGCAAGAACGCGUCGGCCUCGACGACCACCACGGCCAGCGACGACAGAGGCAUCUCCAUCUCCGCCGCACCCGUGUGCCGCGCGUCGCCGGAGCCGGACACGCCGACGUCGAGCGGAGGGAAGGUGGCGCCGGCGGGGAAGGAGGAGGAGAAGGGAGGCGGCGUGUUCGAGUUCCCUCUUGGGGACAUCGACAUGGGGGCGGAGCAGAGCGCGAUGCAGCGGCAGAUCAUGGAGAUGUACGUGAAGAGCAUGCAGCAGUUCACCGAGUCGCUGGGGAGGAUGAAGCUGCCCAUGGAGCUCGAUGGUGCCGGCGGCGUGGUACAGAACGAGGAGAAGCUGCCGGCACCGGAGGCGGAGCCGAAGAAGGACGGGGCCAGGGUUUUCUACGGAAGCAGAGCUUUCUUCUGAAGAAAAAAUCUCAAUCAGAGCUAGAAAAAACGAAGAAAAAUUGAUCUCUUCUAGGAAAAUUAUUGAUCAGUGUGCGGUUUGAUCAUUAGGUUUUGCUUGUUAAUUGUUAAUUUUGUUCAUCGAACUACAAACUAAGAGUAACAGGUGGUGGAUUGUAAAUUUGGAAUGGAGUUAGAUUGUUGGCCUGCUUGGUGAGAUCUUCUCCGAAGUCUGAAACCUUGACCUUAGAAUUGCGGAGCCAGACAGAGAAAGCGUGUCAAGAGUCAAGACUUGCUCGAAAUUGAAAACCGACCCCUUUUGAA